UUGAGGCGUGAAGACAUAAAUCCCAUAAUGCGUCGCGCUCCCGGUGUAUUCAUUUGAAUGGUAACUCUGAAGAGCUAUCAAACUAGCAUGUGAGAAAAAAACAGCAGCUAGUUGAGUUUACCAAACUCAUAAUUUUGUAGAUAUCACUGAAAAUCUGCAAGGCGCUUUUUCAAAAUGAAACGUGUCUCUCAUUAUGGCCGCUGGAGAUUAUGACGAGAGGGUGCGCCAAUAUCAUGAUUUAAACCACAACUUACGUGAUGGCCAUUUGCGACCAAAUCUGCAUAUUGAUGUUAAGGAAAACAUGAAGCAGGUGGAUUUUUUAAAUAAGGAAGCGUUAGAUAAUGAGAGAUAUCAAGUGAAUCACAGCGGAUCUGGACGAGGCAAAGCGAAGCGAGUGUCGUCGGUAAAGCGCAAAGGACUUCCAUCAACUGGGGGCAAGCUGAAACUGCGGUGCCAAGCCGCACCAGUAGCAGACCAGGCCUGUGACUCUGGCAUGGCCAACAAGGAGAAUGAGCUGGCCUCCUCCGAAGACAUGUGGGGCGGUCACUACAAUGACAAAUGUGCCCACCCACUGACCACUGGAGAGGCCUCCAAGAUGGCAGGGGUUGGCUCCAAAUGCAGCGAUGCCAUGGCUCAGCUAUCAAAGGACCAUGAAGCAAUGUCUCAUGUAUUGUUUGGAAGGAGUCUCCGCUUGAAUGUAGCUUUAACACUUUGGCGGAGAAACGCCAGCGAAUUUGUGGCUUACCUGAUCAGAAUUCAAGACCCCGGCGUGCUUCUUGACUGCCUACCUAUGUUAACUAAAAACCUUCAAGACGAAGCAACGUGUAUAUCGCUUGGCUGCUGUGUGGAUCUCUUACCGCAGGUCAAAGUCAUUCUUGCCAGUACAUAUGAGGAGCACUUAAUCAUUGGUUUACACUGGGUUCAAUCAGUCAUCAGGAAAUGGUUGCCGGAACUUUCCACAAGUGGCAAAAGCCUGCCAAGCAGUUGUUCAGAAGAGAGGAACGUUGAAGUCCUGAAGCAGCAGCUGAAGGACUUGUGGCAGGAGGGAGGCCGGUUAUGUUCAGUCCCAGGAACCACGGGAGAGAUGGCAAAGGUCAUCGAGUCGAGCCUAUCUCACCUCCGCUGACGGCUGUGGAAGGCACAACGUGGGCGGGGCCAACGAGAGCGGGACCAACCACGGCUGUGAUCCAAGCAGUCACGGGUCACGGUACACUGGGCCAAUUAGGACCGUGGGAGCACUGGACAGGUGCAAUCCGCCACUCCCGACGUCUUGCAUGAACCAUGCACUUCACGCAGCUCCCUCAUGUAGAGACAGAGACACUAAAGGAGGGUUCAAACCACCCUCCUGCCAAAAGCCACACACGGAACAGGAAAUGACUGCUUCACAUUGAAGUGGAUUGUCUUUUUUUUUUUUUAAGGGGCAUUAAAACGGACCUUCCUCAUCGAAGGUCGUGUUUGCUCAAUGUUCUGCUCCUUAUCGCACCACUUGAAGCGCAACGACACCCGCAUGGAUGGAUGUGAUGAGCCCCACUGUUGUGUUUUGCACUUGGACUCUUGAGGUUUGAUCAAGAACUUGACACUGCAGCAGUCUUAAGUUAUUAGGGUUUUAUUUCUUCCAUCAAUUUGCCUUAAUAUGACAAUUGACUGUACAAAAUAAAAAUUAAAACCAAA